UUGGGUUAAACCAAUGCGCUUUGUCCCAUUUUGACCGUCCACUGGGGCGCUCACCCAUUCUCCGGCAGUCCCUACUAUGCACACGGACCGGUGAUUAUUUUAGCGCCUCGAUCCAACACUUUUCACUGAUGUUUCUUUUCAUCGCCACUGUUGCUUGAGACUGCAGCCAGGUCUGUCUAGUUCGCAGCAACGCCCAGGGCUUCUCGGCGGAGUUUAGCACAGUAUUUUUAUACUCGUCAUAUGUGUGCUGUCAACAUAGACAGCCGACGCGCGGCGGGUUGUUCUUUUCAAGCGGUGUCUUCUUUCAGUGGACACUUCCUCGGCGCGCGAGCGGGGAGGGGGCGCAGAGGACUUGGACACCCAGCGUAAAUGGCACACAGUAGCUUUCGACGCUGUCACUUUUAAGCGACGCGUGAUAACCACGUCGGACUAUUGUUCACAUCAACAGAACUGAACUUCAACGAGCAGGUUCUUUUGCCUCCCUGGUCGCGGGCCAGUGUCCUCCCGACGCUCGCGUCCGACUUUCCUGGGGAGGGGGCGCGUGCAAAGCGAUGGGUGAAGUCUGCCGGCGGAACGGGACACUUUCACCAGGAUGCAUGUAGCGGCUGUGAAGGGAGUGUUGCCCCUGACCAUCGCGUGCAGCUGCUUGCUACUGAUUUCUGCUGAGGGGACAUCUGAAGAUAACCACUUAAACACAGUGCAGAGUGCAGCUCCUCUCUCCUGCUUGGAGGGCUUCACUGCGCUGGGCUACUACAAUGGCUCCGUGUCCCAGACGGACUCUGGCUCGCCCUGCCUGAAGUGGACCGAGUUCCCCGAUUACGUCCUGCAGUACCCGGGCCGGGGCCUGGGCGCCCACAGCUACUGCCGGAACCCGGACCGCGAGUCCAACCCCUGGUGCUUCUUCCGCCAGAGCUCCGGGGCCAUCGGCUGGGCCUACUGCGACUGCCACCAGGGUGCGGCCAGGCUGGCUGGAGGCUCCUCCCCUACAAGCGGGCGGCUGGAGGUGUACCUGAACGGCCAGUGGGGGGCAGUGUGCGACACUCACGCGACCGAUCGCGACGCCAGCGUGAUCUGCAGGCAGCUGGGGCUCGGCGAAAUCGGCACGGCUGUCCAGCACUCCUACUAUGGACCCGGCUCCGGGCUCUUCCACUACGAGAGGCUGGGCUGCCGCGGCAACGAGAACUCCCUCCUGGAGUGCCGGGGCAGGAAGUUCGUCGCCGGCGACUGUAACCAUGGCAACGAGGCUGGUGUGGUGUGCGCCCCUCCUGAAGGUAAUGGCGCCCCCUUGAGGCUGGUGGGAGGCCUGGAGGACUUUGAGGGCCGGGUGGAGGUAUACCACAAAGGCAAGUGGGGCUCCAUCUGCGAUGACCAAUGGGAUGACAUCGACGCAGAGGUGGUCUGUCGACAGCUGGGUUUGGGGGGCAUCCCGAAGGCCUGGUCGUGGGCGCACUUUGGGCCUGGUUCGGGACCCAUCCUGCUGGACGGGGUGCAGUGCUCGGGGAACGAGCUCUCCCUGGAGGAGUGCUCCCACGACGGCUGGGGCCGGCACAACUGCGACCACAUGGAGGACGCCGGGGUCUCCUGCAACCCCUACACUGACGGGGUGUUGAGGCUGGUAGGAGCAGACAGCCCCUGGGAGGGUCGGCUGGAGGUGUACCACGCUGGGGACUGGGGGACUGUGUGUGACGAUGACUGGACCGAGCUCCACGCUCAGGUGGUGUGCCGGCAGCUGGGGUUCAGAGGGCGGGCAGAGGUGGCUCCGGAAGGACGGUACGGCGAGGGGUCGGGGCUGAUCCUGCUGGACGAUGUGCAGUGCGCGGGCACGGAGCAGUCGCUGCUGGACUGCAGUCACGGCGAGUGGGGGAGGCACGACUGCUCGCACGGCGAGGACGUGGGCGUGCGCUGCGAGAGGGGGGGCCAGACCAACGACAUCGCGGGCACGGCGCCGGUGGCAGGCCCCCUGGUCCGCUUGGUGGCGGGGGAGAGCCGGAGGGAGGGGCGCGUCGAGGUCUUCCUGAACGGCCAAUGGGGGAGCGUCUGCGACGACGGCUGGAACGACCUCAACGCGGCGGUGGUGUGCAGGCAGCUGGGAUUCGUCGGGGUGUCCAAGGCGCGGUCCAUGGCUUAUUUCGGGGAGGGGCAGGGCCCCAUCCACCUGGACAACGUGCGGUGCUCCGGGACGGAGGCCUCCCUGGGGGAGUGCCCCACCGACGGGCCGGACGCCCACAACUGCCGGCACAGCGAGGACGCGGGGGUCAUGUGCGACCACGUCCCGCAGCCGGCGGGGGACAGCGCCACGCCCGCCCCCUCCUGCGGCCUGCGCCCCAACGCUCAGCGCCGCCGCAGGAGGAUCAUAGGAGGGGACAAGUCAUUCAGGGGGGACUGGCCCUGGCAGGUCUCUCUUUGGCUGAAGUCUCAGUCCAGGGGAAAUCAUCCACUGUGUGGCGCUACGCUCAUCAACUCCUGCUGGGUCCUGACUGCUGCUCACUGCUUCAAGAGGUUCGGCACCGACCCGUCCCGCUACACGCUCCGGCUGGGGGACUACCACACGGCGGAGCGGGACGACUUCGAGCGCAGCCUGUCGCCGGAGAGCAUCGUGGUGCACAGGAAGUACCGCAGCCAGGGCUGGGAGUACGACAUCGCCCUGCUGCGGCUGCGCGGCGCGGGGGGCAACUGCGUGGCCUUCAACCCCCACACCAACGCCGCCUGCCUGCCCGCCUCCGCCGGCAAGUGGGCCAGGAGGCCCGCCGCCUGCGUCAUCACGGGCUGGGGGGUCACAGACUCGGAGUACUCUCGCACGCUCCUGCAGGCCUGGGUGCCCCUGCUGCCCUCGUCGAAGUGCAGGCGGCGCUACGGCGAGCGCUUCACCGGCCGCAUGCUGUGCGCCGGCAGCCUGUCCCACCGUCGCCGCGUGGACAGCUGCCAGGGCGACAGCGGGGGCCCCCUGGUGUGCCAGGACCAGGGCGGGCGCUGGGUGCUGACGGGGGUCAUCUCCUGGGGCCACGGCUGCGGGGACCCCGCCUACCCCGGCGUCUACACGCGCGUCAGCCGCUUCCUGCGCUGGAUCAAGCAGGUCACGCAGGGCGAGGCCAAGAUCUGACCAACGCCAUCGGGCUACCCGACGGUGCCAUGUGACUUUUUUGGGGAAAGAGGGGGGGAGGGGUUAACGCGGGAUGUCCCUGCCGCAUGGUCCACGGCCAAAACCACACUGGAGAUCGAAUCCCCCUUUUUCUGUUUCACAUCGCAUUAAAUGAGACACUUCACAGUGUGCUGUACUGCAUGAAGAGUCCCAAAAGCUUAGCCACAGGGCACAAAGCCCUAAACUCUAAAGAAGGCUGCAGAUGUGCCAUAAUGAUGCCUUCUGCAUUGCUGCAUGUUGUGUCUCUGGUGUCCACACACCGGUUUUGCCUUCAGAGUGUAGUUUUGGUGCAGGUACCCAGCUGACAGACUUUUGGUUCCCGGGACAUUCCCAGACCAUUCAGAAAGUUUAGGAAACCUGCCCAGAACUUAAAUGUGUCCACAUUCCUGAGUUUGUCAAAGUCACAAGAAACAUUGCAGGAGCGGUGUUAAAUUCGCAACAGAAAUUUCGGCUGAUGCUCUUACUCAGAGCAACUUCAAAAAGUUAACUUUAUUCAGUUUUGUCAUUCGAGUUUAAAAAAUAAUUCGAAUUUUGGAUGGUCGUUCAUGAUGAUUUAUCAGAAACGUUCACAAUGUUGAAGAAAUCUGCCAUUUCAGUACUUUCAGUCAGAACAUUUUACAAUGCAUUUGUGACAUGUCCAGCGUGAUGUUUUUCCAUAACAAAGUGAAAACCGGCAGGGGAUGGUGCCAGUAAGUUUAUGUCCGACGCGCCUGGACAGUUUUCCUGUGACUUUGACAGAAACGGUUUGGAAAGGUAAAGUGUCCUGAGCCCGCCUGGGGGAACGUUCUUAUAGGAACGUUGUCUCGCGGUCGAAUGGAGAUUUAUACUUGAAACGUUCCCCAAAUGCUGCGGAAACAUUUUGUGUUAGCUGUGCACCGGACAGGGGCCCGGCGCCAGGUGUGUGAGGAACUGGGGGGGGGUCUGUGAAUAAGGCCCCGUGUAUGGAGGGGGGGGGGGGCAGGUAUUCUAUGUGCUGUGUGUCUUAAAACAACCAAGCUGCACUUCAUAAACAUUCCGACGUGUGCAUGUAUUACCAAAUACUUUUCCGACCUCUCCAGCUCCUGCUCUCUGCUCUCCUCUGUCCACACCGCUCCAGA